GCCAGAGCUGGACGGACGCAGGCCACACAGAGCAUAGCUCCCACCACACAGCUAUGUAGCCUAAAAGAGUGAGUUAGUGGCCUGCGAUGUGAGAGCUGAACGGAGGUUGAAGAUGGACACAUGUGUAAUAUGGGAUGAUUGGAGAUGGGAAUAUGAAGAAGGACUUCGGCAUUACAGCGAGGAAGCCCUCAAAAAGGAGUAUCCUGAGAAAACCAGGCCAGCAAGUUUUAAACACCCACCUUUCCGGUGUCCUGACAUGACUCCCUCUGCUUCCAUACCUACCUCAGUUGAGCUGGUUAAGGCAGCAGACAUCAAAGUCAUCGCAGCUCUUGGGGAUUCACUGACAACUGCCAUUGGGGCAAAUGCAACCACAGUCCUUGGUAUACCUAUUGAAUUUCGUCAUGUGUCAUGGAGCAUUGGUGGUUAUGGAACUUUCCAAGAUGUUAUAACACUUGCAAACAUCAUCAGACUUUUCAACCCCAGUGUAGUGGGUCCUGCUCCAACCAAAACAGUGCAUGGAACUCCAGCUCCUCUCAGUGAGACUGGCUUUAAUCUAGCUGUGACGGGACACAACACUUUUAAUCUUCCUGGACAAACGAGACAUUUGAUUGACACCCUGAAAACAUAUGAGGGCGUUAACUUCGACGAGGAUUGGAAACUGCUGACCAUUCUCAUUGGCAUGAACGACAUCUGCGAUUACUGCAAAGACAAGUCUCUCUUUUCAGUGGAGAACUUUGUUCACUACAUGAGCGUGUCCUUGGAGAUGUUGAUGAAUGAGGUCCCUCGAAUGAUAGUGAAUGUAGUUCAGAUUUUGCCCAUGGAGACGCUGCGUGAAGUGCAGAAGCCGACCCCAGGCUGUUUGCUCCAGAGGUCUUUCUGCUCCUGCCUGGUGAAGCCAGCCACAGGCUCUGCAGAUCUUAAAGAGCUAAUUGAGGUCAACCUCCAGUUCCAGACUGCCCUGGAGCAGCUCCUCUACAGUGCCCGUUUCUUUAAGAGCGACUUUGCUGUAGUCCUUCAGCCAUUUCUGAAGUAUGCUGACCCUCCACGGCACCCUAAUGGAAAGAUUGACAUGAGCUUCUUCACCCCAGACUGUUUCCACUUCACCAUGAAAGGACAUGAAGAGCUGGCUAAGGGUCUUUGGAACAAUAUGUUCCAGCCUGAAGGGGAGAAAUUUAUGGUCGAGAGUUUUUCAAACCCCAUCCAGCUCAUGUGUCCUCCUGUGGACCAUCCCUACAUCUAUACCAAACCCAACGCUGUCAAGACUGGCCAGUCCCCUCAGCCAGGGCCGCCUUCAUCAGGAGGCUCUCAUUUGACCACUUUAAUUUCCCCGAUCACUGCUUUGGCUUCUCUUCUUUUUUGGUGGGCUACAAACAUGGCCUUAAUAUAGAAACUGUUGAUGAAGCUCCAGGGAACUUCUCUGCUAUAUCAUGAACCUCCAACAAUGCCUGUUUUUUCCACCACUUUUUGACCAGACUCUAAAGAGUCCAGCAACAAUUCCAAUAUAUAUAUACAGCCUACAAAAGGAAGAACGAGCAAAAUUGUGUCGAGAGAGACAGAAAUGAGUCAAAUUGGCAGAAUUACAUGCAAGUUAAAGUGCGUGCACCGCUUCUUUAAAUCUUGCGAAACUUAGCAAAUUUCAAUGGUAAAACAGCGCCAGCAGCAAGAGCACAUCAUGUACGCUAACCUGAUGACCCUUUCUGAUCCAUCUAUCAUCCUUCUAACCGGAUAUCCACCAUUUCAAAGCCCAAGUAGAGCAGCGGCAGGUGCAGGCCACAUUUAGCCCUGGCUAAUGCUGCUCUAAUUGAUUUAGCUAGGAAAGGUAAUUGUGUGAGCAAGUUCAGGCACAUCUGAACAAAAAUGGCCGGAGGUUAGCCCGAAAAUGCAUUAUAGUUGCGAGGUCAAAGGAGUUAGCUAUUUGGAAGGAAGAGUAUUGUGGCCUUUCAGAUGGUGGUUAAAUGCAGACCGUUUGAGAGAUACCCAAUGCUCAGACUAAUGAGAUAAUCGCUUUUUGGAUGCCGAAACCUGAGACUUGCUUUUAGUCUCUUCAAAUAAAG